CAGCUUUUGGGUAAAUCAACAAAAAUCUGAGAUCUUUGUGUUCGCGUCUCACUCUCACACCAUCUUCACAAACUCUAGAAAUACAAAAACCAACUCAAACGGUAGUCUAAUAGCCCAGAAAAACACACAAAAAUGUCGAUUCUCUCCACUCCACCUUCCCUCUUCUUCCCCAAAACCUCAAAUCAUUACCAUUACCAUUACCAUUACCCACUCUCAUCUUUCUCCCCCCUUCCUUCUCCGACCCUACAUCUCUCUCUCUCCUCCUUACAUUCGUCGUCUUCCCGAAUAUUCUCCUCUCGCUCCAACGACGAACCCAACAAGUCCAAGCCCAAGCGCAAGCCCAAACCUUCUUCCCCUUCCUCCAGCCCGGGUGUGCCCAAUUUCACCAUCAGUGGCCCAGACGAUGAAUGGGAUGAGGAUGACGACGAUGAUGACGAUGACGAAUGGGGCCAAGAGCCCAAGCCCAAGCCCAAUCCUCCUUCCUCCGCUAUCACUCCUCAAUCCAAUGUCUCCGUUACUGUUUCCGACGAGUGGGGUGAGAAGUCUGGGCCUGAACCCGAACCCGAGUCCAAGUUCACCGAGCCCGACCCGCCCACCCGUGAGGAUGAGUGGGCACCACCUAGCAUCAACGCUGAUGAUGUGAGUGAGACUACUUCUACCACUAGUAUUGAUACUAGUACAAUUGACCAGAAGAACUGGGAGUUGAAGAGGUGCUUGUUGGAUUCGGUUUACGGGUCGGAUUUGGGUUUCCGGGCCUCCGCUGAGGUGCGUGCUGAGGUGUCGGAGCUUGUUAGUCAGCUUGAGGCGGUUAACCCGAGUCCGAAACCGACUGAGGUUUCGGGCUUGCUUGAUGGCAACUGGAUUUUGGUGUACACGGCCUUUUCAGAGCUGCUACCUCUUCUUGCUGUGGGAACUACACAAUUGUUGAAGGUUCAACAAAUAUCUCAAGCCAUUGACACCACAAACCAAACUGUAGAGAACUCAACAACACUGUCCAGUCCUUUUGCAACGUUCACAUUUAGUGCAACAGCUACUUAUGAUGUCAGGAGUCCUUCAAGGAUACAGGUUCGAUUCAAGGAAGCCACUUUCAAACCUCCACAGAUCAAAUCUCAAAUUGAUCUUCCAGAGAGUGUAGAUGUGUUCGGACAAAAAGUAACCCUUCCUCCUGUGCAGCAGUUCUUGAGUCCCUUGCAGGACGCAGCAACUAGUAUUUCACGCGCUUUAUAUGGUCUCCCACCUCUUAAAAUUUCCAUUCCAGGGGAACGCACUGCAUCUUGGUUGCUUUUCACGUAUGUUGAUGAAGAUUUUCGAAUUUCAAGAGGAGAUGGUGGCCUUUUUGUACUUGUCAGAGAAGGAAGUCCACUUCUUGACCAGUAGGGUGGAUGUGCCCGUAAUUGGUCCAAUUGGAGAGAUAUAUUGUUGUGCUGUAUCUGAUAUUAUGUAGAGAGCUUAAUUUUUGUUUCAAUAUUGUCACAAUGCUUUACGUGGCUUAAUAGGUAUCUAGUGUUGAAAGUCUGAAGCCAUUAGAAAGGAGUGGGAAACACUAUAAGCUAGUGGUCAGCCUGACCAAUAUCGAGAAUAAUCUUGUAAUUUAUAAAUCCUUUUUUGUGUAUUAAAUACACUUGUAAUUCAUAAACCGACCUUUGUUUA